UCUAGUCGAAUAUGGGGGUCUUGUGGCACCGGGUCCUCCUAUUCUUCACGAUCACUCUGCUAUAAAUUAAGAAGCCACCAGAUAAUCAAUCGCAUUUUAACGUAUCGCAUCCCCGGCCACAAGCUAGCUGCUUGCCUGCGGCGAUCCACACAUGGAGGAGAAGCCGCAGCACGGCAGCUUGGGCGGCUUGGUGGCCGGCGUGAGGGAGGAGUACGAGAGCGGGAGGACCAAGGAGCUGGAGUGGAGGAAGGCGCAGCUCGGGGGCCUCAUCAGGAUGAUCACGGAGGAGGAGGACGCCAUCUUCGACGCGCUCCACGACGACCUCGGCAAGCACCGCGUCGAGUCCUUCCGAGACGAGGUUGGGGUUCUUGCCAAGUCCGUCAGGAACACGCUGCAAAACCUCAAGAAAUGGGCUUCGCCCGAGAAGGUUGAUGUGCCGCUUAUUUCAUUUCCAUGCAACGCUCGGGUCGUGCCGGAACCAAUCGGGGUUGUGCUCAUUUUCUCAUGCUGGAAUCUCCCAAUAGGCUUAGCUCUAGAGCCACUCUCCGGGGCCAUAGCGGCCGGCAACGCCGUUGUUCUGAAGCCCUCCGAGUUUGCACCGUCAACCGCCGCGUUCCUCGCCGCCAACAUACCGAAGUAUCUGGACGCCAAUGCCGUGAAGGUCGUACAGGGCGGGGCGGAGGUAGGAGAGGAGCUCAUGGAGCACAGAUGGGACAAGGUCCUUUUCACCGGGAAUGCUCGUGUAGGGCGCAUCAUUAUGACGAAAGCAGCGAAACACCUGACGCCGGUCGCGCUUGAGCUUGGCUCGAAAUGCCCGUGCAUCGUUGACUGCCUUGACAGUAAGAGGGAGUGUCAGGUCGCCGUGAAUCGGAUAAUCGGAGCGAAAUGGUCUACUUGUGCAGGACAAGCUUGCGUUGCCAUCGAUUACAUACUUGUCGAGGAACAGUUUGCACCAUUCCUGAUUGAACUGCUUAAAUCUACACUCAAGAGGUUCUUUACCGAACCAGAGUACAUGGCGCGCAUCCUGAACGAGAAGCAUUUCCAUAGGUUGACAAACCUUCUAGAGGAUGAUCAAGUGAAAUCCUCCAUUGUGCACGGCGGCAACGCUGACCCCAAGACACUGUGGAUCGAGCCCACCAUCGUGCUGAAUCCACCGUUCGACUCCGACAUCAUGAUGGAGGAGAUAUUCGGGCCACUGCUCCCAAUCAUAACGGUAAAGAAAACAGAGGAUUGCAUCGCGUUCUUGAAAUCGAAGCCCAAACCGCUUGCCAUCUACGCCUUCACCAACAACGAGAAGUUGAAACAGCGGAUCGUCGCAGAAACGUCCUCCGGGAGCGUCUUGUUCAACGACGCGAUUGUGCAGUACGGGCUGGACAGCGUCCCGUUCGGCGGGAUCGGGGAGAGCGGGUUCGGGCAGUACCACGGCAAGUACACGUUCGAGCUGUUCAGCCACAGGAAGGCGGUGGUCAGGAGGAGCCUCCUGGUCGAGUUCAUGUUCAGAUACCCGCCUUGGGACGAGUACAAGAUGGGGAUGUUGCGCCGCGUCUUCAGGUUCGACUACGUCUCGCUCGUGCUUGCGCUGCUCGCCUUUUGGCUGCUCGGCAUAAGGCGAUGAAGGAUCGAUCAAUCGUCUGCAGUGUUGGUUCAUAAAAUGUGUGAUCGUCGUGCCAUGCGGCCAAUGCACAUGCCGGGGACACUAUUUUAUGUGAUAUUUAUGUAUUUAUUUCCAAGAAACGUGCUUGCAGUUACUAAAUAAACUCAAAAAAUAUAACUACCUGUUAGUGCAUUGCAAUAUUGUAUCAAACAGUUUGAUCAUCCAAUACAUUCCGAUUCAUGUGCUCUGUCACGAUUUUUCCA